AUGUACGAUAUGUCACUGAAUAUGGAACCUAUUUGAACGUUCUUGUUUCAGGGGGACAUAAAUUACACACAACAACUUUGUUUUUAUCGGAAGAAUAUCGCAAGCCAUUCGUUAGUCAACGUUUCUGUAACUUCACUGUGCACAUUUCUUUCAAGAAACUUGAUAUAAAGAUUGAUGUAUGAGCUUUACUUAGAAGAAUGUUAGUCAGUUAUAGUAGCAGCUCUGAAGAGGAGACAGAACAUUUACGAUUAGGAGGGGAUGUAACAAAAAGGAAGCAAAGUUGGCACAAAGAUGACAACUCAUUGAGGAAGAAGCACAAAUCAGAAGAGCACACUCUCAAUGCAAGUGUAUCUGUGCAUAGGGAGGAAGACAACUCCAAGUCAAGACUGCCUGUUCCUGGCAGUGUGCUGGACAUGUUCACAGAGGAAGAUGAGGACCCACUGACUGACGACAGCAUGCAACAUGGUGGACGGAUUCGCUCCUUCAAACACGAGAGAGGAAACUGGGCCACUUACGUGUACUUUCCAUACAUCCCAGAGGAAGGGUUCUUGGAGCUGCUUGAUGAGAUGACUGAAGUAGCAGCAUCCCAUAGCUUCUCCCUCACUCAUACAGAUGAGUUUCACCUCAGUUUAUCGAAGACAGUGGUUCUGAGGCAUCACUGGAUCCAGCCUUUCAUACAGUCCCUCAGAUUAGGCUUGACACAUAGCAGCAGGUUCAUUUGUUCAGCUGAGAAGCUGAAGGUCUACUCUAAUGAUGAGAGAACCAGGACGUUCCUGGCUAUGGAAGUCUCCACAGGACAGGCUCAGCUACUAGAGCUUGUGAAAGCAGUGGACAGCACUAUGGAGGAGUUCAAUCUUGACACUUUUUACAAGAAUCCUUCCUUCCAUAUAAGUCUGGCCUGGUGUGCUGGUGACUGCACUGAACACAUUCGCAAAGAGUGUCUGCAGGAGUUGCAGGGUCUGGUUGACUCCCAUGAGGAUGGACCCUUCCUCUUGAGACUGGACUGUCAAGAGCUGCGCUGUAAGGCUGGGAACAAGACCUUUUCCAUUCCACUACACUGAUGAAACCAGUUCUCAUUCAGUCUGAUCAACUGUAAUGAUAGGAUACCUCAACAGUAAAAUGUGACAAUCAAAAGUACAUAUUUUUUUAAAUGAGUGAAAGGUUAUUUGAUUCAAUCUAGAAAAUGGCAGUGAUGCGAUAUUUAUCAAGCAACUUCCUUUGAAGAUUGCGCACAUCUUCAUACGUGAGGCUUGUUUUGAUAACGUGUUCAAGCAUUACUGCUACAGUUCCUGUAUGACAAGACACUGACCUGAGAUUAAGAGUAUUUCAAAUUAUCUUAUUGACCAAGGUAAAAUGUGACCUAUGAAACCGUUGUCAACUAAAGCUUUAAUCUGUUCCAUUAAUCUUUAUAGCCCUUAAUCCAUUCUUUAAAAAGAGCUCGACUUGAUGUGAGCUAGUAGGAUAGACCCAUUAACCUUUAUAAGAGAUGGAAUAAUCCAAAAAUUACAAUCCAGACGCAAUGACUAGAAUUGAUGAGUACAGAAACCCUGAUUUAAGUGUUGCAUGUUCAUAUGGUAGAUCCUGUUUGAUCCAUGAAAGUAGACGUGGUAAGACCAAGGGGAAGAGGUAGUUUGUUUUUGCCAGACUCUAGGCGCUCUGCAGGCCCGCUCCACAGCAGAUGUGAGAAGAGACUAGGGAAGAGGAACCUAUGAUGAGGCUAAUAGUGUCACCCCUUACUUUAAUAAGAGCUCACACAGAAGGCCGGCUUAAUGCAAUGUUUAACAUUAUAUUUGACUUAAUCGUCACAACACACAGAUCAUGAUAGUUCCAGCAAUAUAUUGUUCAAGUCCAACCAUAGCGCAAUGGCAUAGUUACAAUCAAGCUGAUCAGACCACGUCUCCCUGUCCUGUAAGCAAUCCAGCCUCGACAAGACCCUGAUUUUAUUCAUUCAUCACAGCUCAAUAUUGGACAUACUGCUAAUUCACCUAGUAAACUGUUUUUGGUUCAGCACAACAGGAAACAACCUGGUAAUCUGAGUUAAUUGGGAAAGACCUUUACAAAUAUGAUCAAUUAACAUAGUAAAAAUUUGGAAAAACAGCAAUCGUCUGGGGAUAAUUUAAAAUAAAAUAAAACAUUCAGUGCCGUCAUCAAUUCCUCCUCAGGCUCAGACCGUCAUGUGUCCAAAUGCCUAUCAGUUCUCUUUGUACUAUCCCCGUUCUUCAUCUUUGUGAAUUUGUCACUUAAGACAGCAAGCCGAGGGGCAGUAGUUAGUUAAGGUCACUCAAGGGCCCAAGAGCACAGUCUUGAUGUAGGUUACUGUGGUAAAGUUGAGCAACAUGGCCACAUGCUCAUUCCCCUCCAGUUCAAGCAUAUGGACAGGCUGAGUCUGGUGGCCUAUCCAACGCUUGCACUGGGUGGCACUCAGCAGGUUGACCGUCCCAUCCCCAUCUCCGAGAAUCAGAGUGGGGUCUGUAUCAGUAGAGUUGGUGUAGAGAAAACCCUCCGCUGUGGGCACUCCGCUGCCAUAAAGACAGUGUAUGGCCACCCCAGGGGGCUCCAGUGCAUUGACCAGUGGUUCAGUGUCUUGACGCAUCUCCCAGCCGUCUUCAAAGUCGAUAUCCUUGAAGAAGCGUUGGUAGUCCUUCACUGUGUAGUUGGUGGUGGUUGUUUGGACUAGCACCUUGUCAGCAGGCCAGGAAUGUGCGUAUGGUAACAGCCAUGUGGUUGAGACUGCAGUGCGCUGCUGUGAGCGGAUCUUUAGUGAACUGAUGACUGGGAUAUGGUUAUUAUCACCUGCAAGGAAAGAGACAAACCAAUGCAAUAGUGUAGAUAUAAAAUACAUGGUUGCAAAACAUUACAAAUAGUAUGCAGCCCACGGUAACUUUACUAUUGUGGUUCUGACACCUAUGUAAUUCAUGCAGAAAAGCAUAUGCAAAUGCUUACCAGAAGCCACAACUCUCAGGGUUUUAGCCACACCAGCCCAAGGUGCACCCAGGGACACAAAGGUCUUGAUGUAGCGAUCCUUCCAGGCCUGGGGCUGAUGGUUCAGGAAAUACAGGGUGUACAUGUUCCCCAUGCUGUGGGCCAUCAGGACAACCGGACCCCUAGCCUUCAUGGCCAUCUCCUCAAUCAUAUGUUGCAGUCUCAAAAAGUAGGCUUUGUUCUCAUCUGUUAAAAACAGGGGGAAACAUGCAUGAGACUGAUCAUUCCAAAGAGACUGAUCAUACUGAGAAUAAAUAGUUAUACUAAUAUAUACAGAACAAAAAUAUAAAACGCAACAUGUAAAGUGUUGGUUCCAUGUCCUGAAAUAAAAGAUCACAGAAAUGUUCCAUAUGUACAAAGAGCUUAUUUCUCUCAAAUUUGUUUACAUCCCUGUUAGUGAGAAUUUAUCCUUUGCCAAGAUAAUCCAUCCACCUGACAGGUGUGGCAUAACAAGAAACUGAUUAAACAGCAUGAUCAUUACACAGGUGCACCUUCUGCUGGGAACAAUAAAAGGCCACUAAAAUCUCAAGUUGAGGGAGUGUGCAAUUGGCAUGAUGACUGCAGGAAUGUCCACCAGAGCUGUUGCCAGAGAAUUUAAUGUUAAUUUCUCUACCAUAAGUCCCCGCCAAUGUUGUUUUAGAGAAUUUUGCAAUAUGUCCAACCGGCCAAACAACCGCAGACCACGUAACCAAGCCAGCCCAGGACCUCCACAUCUGGCUUCUUUACCUGUGGGAUCGUCUGAGACUAGCCACAUGGACAGCUGAUGAAACUGAAGAGUAUUUCUGUCUGUAAUAAAGCCCUUUUGUAGGGAAAAAUUCUGAUUGGCUGGGCCUGGCUCCCCAGUGGGUAGACCUUGCUCCGAAAUGGCUGUGCCCCUGCCCAGUCAUGUUAAAUCCAUAGAUUGACUGAUUUCCUUAUAUGAACUGUAACUCAGUAAAGUCAUGGGAAAAUUGUUGCAUUUAUAUUUUAGUUCAGUAUAUAUUCAAUACACCAUAAUUAUGGUCUUAACACCCAUUUUUCCCCUUAAAUGUCACUCAAUGACUGGACCGAAGUUAGGUAAUAAAUCUUACAAUAGAAGGCUAAAAACAACCUGACAACGAACACUAUCAACCUAUAGUCGAAAAUCUAAUUAGCGUAAUAAUAAAAAAAAGUCUGUCUGUUUUAAGCUACAGAUGUCAGCCUAACGCAUCUGUGAUGGAAGAGCUACAGCGGUGUUUGUCAGACCAGGUGACAUCCCGAAAAACAUCUGUAGUGUCCGAACAGUUUGGGAUACAAACUAAUAUGACCCCUCUUAUGGCAAGAUGACUCACAAACACGAUGUUCUCCGUUUUGCUCUACAACCCCUACAAGUGCUGUAAUGUACCGGACCAAACCAUUUUUAUGGAAGUGAAUAAGCCAUUUCCACAUUCCCAAAAAUAUAUACAGUACCAGUCAAAAGUUUGGACACCUACUCAUUCAAGGGUUUCUUUAUUUGUAUUAUUUUCUACAUGGUAGAAUAGUGAAAACUAUGAAAUAACAUAUGGAAUCAUAUAGUAACCCCCCCCCCAAAAAAGUGUUAAACAAAUCAAAAUAUAAUUUAUAUUCUUCAAAUUAGCCACCCUUUGGCCUUCGACAGCUUUGCACACUAUUGGUAUUCUCUCAACCAGUUAAUUGGAAUGCAUUUCAAUGAACAGGUAUGCUUUGUUAAGUUAAUUUGUGGAAUUUCUUAACUUAAUGUGUUUGAGCCAAUCAGGUGAGUUGUGACAAGGUAGGGUUUUCUAAUGAUCAAUUAACCUUUAAAAUGAUAUACUUGGAUUAGCUAACACAAUGUGUCAUUGGAACAGAGUGAUGGUUGCUGAUGGGCCUCUGUACGCCAAUGUAGAUAUUCCAUAAAAAAUAAAAAGCAUUUUCCAGCUACAAUAGUAAUUUACAACAACGUCUACACUGUAUUUCUGAUCAAUUUUAUGUUUUAUUGGACAAAAAAUGCUUUUCUUUAAAAAAAACUUGACAUUUCUAAGUGACCCCAAACUUUUGAACGGUAGUGUGUAAAAUAUAUAUUUUUUAUUCCUAUAGGGGUCCUAAAAUUCAAAAUCAAAUAGCUAAAUGAUCCUUAGUAUGACCAAUAUUUAGAUUCUAACUAAUGUCUGAGUCUAAAGGAAAUUAAGUUCAUGUAUAUAUAAUUUGAUAUACAGAAGAAUGUACUUUACUGUCUUAUGAUUUAUAUUAUCUUGUUUGAUAUUGUACAUUUAAUCUUAUAUUGGCUGAAAGCUUACAUUUUUGUUAAUAUAACUGCACUGUCCAAUUUACAGUGACUAAUACUGCGAAAAAAUACCAUGCUAUUGUUUGAGAGCUCCUAACAACAAAACACUUUUCACUGCGAUAGGUUUCAUAAAUUCACCUCUAAAGGUGAAAUGUGUACUUACAUUCUGAAAUCUUGCUCUGAUGUAUCAUCCAAACGGUCCCAGAGAUAACAUGAAGUGUCAUUUUGUUAGAUAAAAUCCUUUUUCAUAUCCUUAAAAGGUCCAUAUAGCAUGCACGAUCGAUUUUGUAUUUCCACUCGUUCAAUUUGCAAAGACAGGAAUCUGUGAAAAUCUAACCCUAAACGUUGUUUCAACCAGUCAACUCAUGUUUGUUCCUCAGAGAUCCUAGAAGGUAACAAGACUUCACUAUAUCAUUAGGGGUGUAGUAUAUGCUAUAGGACACCAAAUUUGGUCAGAGAGCGACGCCUUCAUGGCACGCCGAUGGUCUUCAUUUGAUCGACUAACUUUGUCAAAUUAGCACCAAUCAGGGUCAAACAAAGCUAGCUAGAUAGCCAAUGAGCUGGGCUUUACAGGAGUAUCUGGAAGCCCUGUGUCUGUCGCAAAAUGUAGCUGCUAACCUUGUGCGACUGCAAGCCUUUAACUUUGACAAAAAUUAAGAAUAUGGAGAGUUAUGAAUUUAUGAAAACUGGGUGUUUUGCAAAUGUUGAACUUAUAAUAUGGCUACUAAUACUGGAAAAGCUAAAUCCAAGUCCAAGUAUUUGAUGAUAUUCUUGCAGAAAAAUGUAAUGUGAAUGUAAAUGUCUCCUUCACAAUUUGUCCAAAUGUACCUGGGUGACUUCACACUAAAUUUCAUGUAGUCUCCUACAUUCAAUUCACAUUUCCACAAACUUCAAAGUGUUUCCUUUCAAAUGGUACCAAGAAUAUGCACAUCCUUGCUUUAGGGCCUGAGCUACAGGCAGUUAUAUUUGGGUAUGUCAUUUUAGGCAAAAAUUGAAAAGGGGGCUAUCCCUAUACCCUACAAGAUCCAGAGCCUGCUGGUUCUCUGUUCUACCUGAUAAUGAAUUGCACCCACCUGUUGUCCCAGGUCUAAAUGAGUCCCUGGCCAAUGAAGAAAGAAAAAAAGCAGUGGGACUGGCUUCGAGGUCCAGAGUUGAGUUUGAGAGUUCUAGGGGGUGUCAAUAACAUUGCUAGCUCCUUGCAAGGAUAUACAAUCCAUCCAAAGACCAAGCUCUGUUCAUCAGAUCACAAAUUAUUCUUUGACAGACAUGCAUCUACAUUAAAAUGUGUGUGUAAGAGAAUGAAAA